UCUCUGCCUUACCUGUCGGUUUACAAAAUAGGGAGGCACAGGAGAGGGGGCGGUGGCCAUUUUCUCUCCCUCUCGAAGUUUUCACAGAAUCAGAGGAUUCAGUAAUACACCUGUCGUUAAGCCGAAUUAAUAGAUUAAUACGUUUUUGACGCCUGUCUAUGGAAGCUCCUGCUUAACAUCAUGUGUUAACGAUUCGUUUGGAUAAUAGGCCUACCAAUAGGACAUAAAAAUGAAAAAGUCAACGUUUUUUGGGGGUCGAAAGAACCAAUCACUUUUCGACACCAAUAUUAAAAUCAAGGAGAUGGACAAUGUUGAGCUGGUGUUGGAUUCAUCAGCCAUUCCUGAAUCAGGCACUGCCAAAGUGAGGAACAGACCCACAGUAAAGCACUUCACGUCCUCCUCUGAUGUUGUACAAGGGUUUAAUGUACCAACGCCCAAAGUUCCUGUCCCCCCCCCUUUCAACAGACCAAAGAUCAACGGGGCAGUAAACGGUGAACGGUUGUCCAAUGGAUCUGCUGUAUCUGUACCUGAUUUGGUGGGCGAGAUAUUUAUUCCACCUCCACCUUCGAUGCCCCCCCCACCCCCUCCACCCAUAUUCAACCCUCCCCCACCAGAUUUCUUGGGUGACCUCGACUCCAUUCAGCCUCCCUCCAUAUUCAACCCUCCCCCACCAGAUUUCUUGGGUGACCUCGACUCUAUUCAGCCUCCCUCCAUGCCCCCUCCAAAACCCCCAUCAAAACCAUCAUCAGUUGCCCCCUCUGAAGGGGACAAGAAUGUUUUCACCUCCAUGAAACUUCCACCUAUGGCCCCUCCGAAGCCCCCGUCAACUUCCUCCAGUGCUUCUAGUUCCUCUUUGUCCAGUUCUACACCACCACCAACCACUGUCCCUGUUAUCACAGAGCCCCCAAAGUUUGCCCCUCCACAGCCCCCUACAGACAUGAGGCAAGCUGCUCUGAAAGCCCUGAAGACACCGCCUACAAAGCCAAUGAGGCUGUCCUCCAUCCCCAUUAUGUGUGAACUCCCCCAGGUUCCAGCCACCCCUGUGCAGAACCCUAGACCGUCCAGCUUCAACCCCCAGAACACAGCUAAGCUCUACAGUGUUCCUAAGACCGGCAUUCUAGAUAGGCAGGUGGAAGGUGAAAAUAAGCACAAGCAGAUCCUACUGCUGCAUGACCCUGGGUCUACUGACUCUGUCCUGGUCAAUGGGACAGCCCCCUCUGUGGCACCGCCAGUUAAGCCAGCCCGGAGAAACAGCUCGGGGAUGCAGCUGGAGCAAGACCUGAAGGAGUUAAAGGAUAAUUUUAACCCACCCCACCCCACCCAACCCACCCCACCUGAGACUCAGAAGGAAGUGAAAGUGGGGCCUUUGCCUUUAUUAGCACAGCAGGCUAUCAACAAACCUGCCGAAACUCCCACUAAAGCAUCACCAAUGCUUCAGGUCGUCACUGCCCCUGUAACCAUAGAGGCUAGCCAGGUCAAACACAAAGUGUCUCCAAACCGGAGUCGCAAGUUCAGUCCAAUGCUGGACCGUAAACUGCGCAACCUAAAGUUCAGUGCGGUCACUGGGACGAGGGAGGGUCCUGCCACUUCCCCCCUGGCUCUUCUCAUGGCGGCUAAAGAGCGAGAGAAGCACAGGUCCACUUUGUCACGCGAAAACAGCACAAAGAGUAAUGAGCUAUCCACCAGCAUCCAGCACAGCGAAUCCAAUCCCAAUUCUUUCACCAUCAUCCCCAGGUCCACCUCAUUCACUUCGGUGACCUCACAAGAUAAUCCACAGUCUGUGGUCCCAGUGCAGCCCCCAGUGGUGAUCCAGACUCCAGCAAAACCCCAGAUCAUUGAGUCAGUGGUGGAAAAGAGGCCAAUUGCAAAUCCAGUAUUUCAGGGUGUGGAGAAACAAAGUGGAGAGCAGAGGAUUUCUUCCCCCUUUAGCCUUGUCAGGAAUGAAGAGAACAGGGAGGACCUAUGCUUGCCAUUACUCCCUCCCCCUCCCGAAUUUGAUGACCAUAAUGAUGUCGUGGAGUCUCCCCCAAGCUCGCCUCCACCUGACCCUCCCCCGAAGAAGGUCCUGAACCCCAUUCCCACCCCUGCCUUUCCAGUCCUGCCCCCCACUGCCAGCCUUAUCGUUCCUGUCAAAACUCCCUCCCCUGCGCCCCCCCCUCCUCCAAAACCCAAACCUCCAAGCCCUCCCAAACUCCUGCCUCCCGUCAUGGAGGUCAAACCCAAGCUACCUGUUCAGACCACACCCAAGCCACCUCCCACCCAGGCGUCCUCCUCCCUCUCAGCCAGCCAGGCCACGCUCCUGACCAUCCUGCAGAAGAAGAUGCUGGAAAUGGACCACAAAAUGGACAACAAAAUGCUGUCCAUGAAGACAGACUCUGAUGACUGGGGUUCUCCCUUGUCUGAGGAGACCAUGGUCCCUGUUGUCCCCAGGGUCACCCCGAAGACCCCUGUUAUCACCGCAAAGAGCAAGAAUGCCACCUUGUCAGCCAGAACACAAGGCCUGGACAUGAAGGAGCUGGAGACUAAAAUGGCCAAGAAUUCUCAGGGUUUGUCAGCUCCAUCAAAAGUACCCAUCAGCAAUGGGCCACAGUCAAAGCAGGCAUAUGGAAUGACUUUCAUGGUACGACCCGGAACCAAACAACCAAUAACUGUUGUCAGCAAAGGGGUCUCAUCAUGAGGAGCCAACUUCAAAUUAUACCACACAUACAAUUUAAUUCAAUUCAAUUAAAAUAACUUUUAUUUCCUGAGAGGGAACUAUAUGUGUGGUGAUGGGUCUGUACAAGACAAAUAACAAAAUAGCAGUGUAAUAGAUUAGGAGCAAUCUAUGCAAUCACAGGCUAUAUAUACACAUACAGUAAAAGUCAAAAGUUUGGACACCUACUCAUUCAAGAGUUUAUUUAUUAUUACUCAUUUCUAAAUUGUAGAAUAAUAGUGAAGGCAUCAAAACUAUGAAAUAACACAUAUAGAAUCAUGUAGUAACCAAAGAAGUGUUAAACAAAACAAAAUAUAUUUUAGAUUCUUCAAAGUAGCCAGCCUUUGCGUUGAUGACAGCUUUGCACACUCUUGGCCUUCUCUCAACCAGCUUCAUGAGGUAGUCACCUGGAAUGCAAUUAAGUAUAUUAUGAUUUGUUUAACACUUUUUUUGGCUACAUGAUUCCAUGUGUUAUUUCAUAGUUUUGUCUUCACUAUUAUUCUACAAUGUAGAAAAUAGAAAAAACAAAGACCCUGGAAUGAAUAGGUGUGUCCAAACAUUUGACUGGUACUGUAGAUACAAAUAAAAACAAGAAAUACAAGAGUUGAGUUUUAUGGAUGUUGGCACAAAACUAGAAGCUGCCCUCUUAGAUGUGUAUGCCAGAGAUCUAUGUCUGAGGGUAGGUGGCUAUACUGGUCAUGGAGUGUGUGCGUAAUGUCCAAGGCUAUUUGUUCCCACUUCUUCCUCACUAUUUUAUAUUUAUUUAUAGACGUCACUGAGGGGUUCCUGGCUUUCUCCAAUGAUUUUUAGUACUCUGUUCAACAGUAUCUUUGACUGCUGCAGUUUAAUCAGUGUGUGAUAGUAUACAUUGCCUUAUUUAUCUUAGGCAGACCUAAUAGAUUUAAAAACAAAAGCACAAUCUGCUUUCAAACUAGCAGCAGUGAAUUGCCAGUCUUAAUAUAUACAGGAUGUUAUUAUAAAAGGACGUACAAAUUGUUUUGCUUAUAGGUUGAGUGCCACAGUACCUGUAUAUACUGUAUAUGUUAACAACAUACGGAAUUGAAAUGUAGCCUACUAGAAUACAUUUAGAACACACAUACUUUAUAUAGUUCACUGUACUAAACUUGUUCCAUACAAUGGAUCACUAAAUAAAAGCAAAACAGUUGUCAGGCAUUUGCCACAAUGACAUAUAAAAAUGUACUUUUACAUUUGGGCUGAAGUCUAGCUAUUGCGUCAGUCAUUAUUAAAGCUGCUCAUAUAAAUCUCCAUCCAAAUGUAAUCUAAUUAAAACCACGAUGCAUCAAAUACUGGAUGUGAAGAAAACUUAAGGGUUGGUAAAUGACAUUGGAGGAAGAAUAGUGUUCAUGUCUCCUGACGAGUGUAAGUGGACAUUAAUUUUGGUCAUGUCCUUUUAGAAUGUUUUAGCAGCAAAAAAACACCACAUUAAUUAACGAUUGAAACUAUAAUUACCCUGAAUUGUCUUUCAUGUGGUGGUCUGUUGGAUUUCUCCUUGUAACAUAAAAUUAUGCCAAAUAUACCAGGGCACAGACCACUCCUUUGUUUGGUUAUUUUUUGGGGUUAUGUAAUAAAAUCUAUUUUUAAAGUCA